GCAUGAGUGAAAAAUUCAACUCUGCAUUAAGUGUCAUAAACGCAUGGGGAAAUGAGUAUUUGAAUUCCUUGAUUGUAAUGUGUGCAAGUCAGAUUAAAGAUUAGAUCAAGGGCUGAUAAUACAUCUGCACCAAAGGUUAAAGAUCCAACAUUUAUCAUAGUUUGACGCCUAAAUAAUUAGGUUUAGGGUAUGGUUAGGUCAUUGCAAUGUUAAUUAGGAUUAGAAAUAAGUAUGAUAUUAUAUGAUAAGAGAAAUGAAUUGGGAAUUGUAAUUGCUACGGUUAUGGGUGAAGAAGAAGAGAAAACGCUGUCGUUUGAACCAGAGUUUCCGAAGAGUAGAGUGAAGAAGAUAAUCACUCUGGACAAAGACGUGAAGAGGGUGAGUUCAGAAGCUUUGUUCUUGGUGUCACGGUCUACGGAGCUUUUUUUACAGUUACUUGCUGAAAAGUCUGCGGAAGUUGCUAUUGAGAAGAAGCGCAAGACGGUGAAGCUUGAACAUAUGAGAAUCGCGGUGAAGAGAAACCGUCCAAUAAGUGAUUUUCUACUCGAUUCGCUUCCGGUGCCGUCUGAAACUGUGAAAUCUGAUAAACCAGCGGCGGUUGUGGAUCGGCCUAAAUCCGUUUCGGUUGGUACUCGCCGCAUCGAUCAGAUCUUCCGAAAGUCUGGAGGCGACGUUGAAGCUCAAGCGCAAGCGCAAGCACCAGCGCCGGAACCUGAACCUGAACCAGAACCAGAACCCAUGGAGGAGGCAUAGGUUGUUUUCAUUUGUUCUCUCUGUAAAUGAGAUUUGCUGAUUACGUUAAUGACGUAUUGGCGUAACUAUGCGAUUCUAAUUUGUAAGCAACUCGUUAAUCAUAUGUUAUCUUUGUUUUUACAUAGAAAUUGAGGUAUUCAAUUAUGAUCUACAAUGGAAGAGUAGCUUGUGUGUUUCUUUAUGA